AUGGCGUCCGCAGUCAUCAACCAGAUUGCCCUCCUUACUCCUAAGGAGGGAAAGUUUGACGAUCUCGCCGCGGAAUUGGCCAACAUCACCCGGAACGUGCAAGAACACGAACCCGAGACUCUGGUGUACUAUGCUUACGCCGAUGCCAAGAAAGAAGAGAUCAUUGUCGUUGAGAGAUAUGUGAACCAAGCCGCCUUGGACAAGCACCGGGCUGCACCUUACUUCCAGGAUCUCAUCAAGAAGGCCCCGGAGCUGUUAGGCAAACCCCUCGAACUCAAGGUUGGCCAUGAGUUGCUCCAGGAAUCUGCGCAGGUUGUCCGAUUGUAA